AUGUCCGACUACAACGCGCUGAAGGUCCCCGACCUCAAGAAGCUGCUUGGAGAGCGUGGCCUCAUGAUCUCGGGCAACAAGGCCGACCUUAUCGCAAGACUGCAGCAGGACGAUAUUAAGAAGAACGAGGGUGCUGCUGCUUCUGGCGCAGCCGAAGACGAAAUCGACUGGGAUGAGGAUGAUAACAAGGUCGAACCUGCAACCACCGCCGCACCUGUUGCUCCUGCGCCUGAGAUCAAGACCCCUGCUGCUGCUGCACCUUCCCCGAAGCCUGCUGAGCCGGUCGCUGCGCCAACGACGACGACCACGACGGAGUCUGCCCCAGCCCCAGCCCCUACCACCACCGCCACCACCACUGAACCUGCCCCCGCACCAGAAGUAAAGCCCGAGGAGCCCAAGAAGAACUUCACAGCUGGCCUCGUCCUCUCGGAAGCCGAAAAGGAAGCAGCCAAGCGAGCCGCGCGCGCAAAGCGCUUUGGCAUGGACAAGAAGGCUGAGGCCACACAGACAGACGAGGAGAAGAAACUUGCUGAGCGGGCGAAGAAAUUUGGUACGGACAAGACCAAGGAUGAGGGCAUUAUCAAAAGCAUUGUCAGCACAUUGAACGAUGGGCUGUCAGAGAAGAGAAUGAAGCGCGGAAGAGAGGAUAGAGGAGAGGGUGGCAGACACGCCAAGAGGCAGACUCCGGAUCGGAGAACAGAGGGGCAGAGACGAGAUGGUCGGGGAGGUGGUGGGGGUCAGAGAGGUGAGGGCAGAGGUGGUGGUGGUUCCGGGGGCUUUAAGAAGAUUACGGAUGAUCCGGUGGAAGCUGCAAAGGCGGAGGCGCGGGCGAAGAGAUUUGCGGCUGCGAAGUGA